CGGGUGAAGAGAGGGGCGAAGCUUUCAACCGAUCACCACCUGGUGGUGAGUCGGCUCCGAUGGUGGGGGAGGAUGCCGGACAAGCAUAGUGAGGGUCUGCUGGGAACAUUUGGCAGAGUCUCCCAUCAGAGAGAGUUUUAAGUCCCACCUCCGGAAGAACUUCAAAUAUGUUACGAAGGAGGCACUAGACAUUGAGUCCAAGUGGACCAUGUUCUGUGCCUCUAUUGUCGAGGCAGGCGAUCGACCAAGGUGGUCGGUGCCUGCUGUGGCGGUAAUCACAGAACCCGCUGCUGGACACCAGCGGUGAGGCAUGCCGUGAAGCUAAAGAAGGAGUCCUAUUGGGUCCUUUUGGCUUAUGGCUUUGGCGGUUGCACAGGCAAAAACUCUGACACAGGAAGAGCUUGGCAAAGCCAUGGAUAACGACUUGUUAUUGCCAGCAGUAAGUCGAACCCAUUUCCAGUGAGGGUUGGACUCUGCCAGGGCUGACCUUUGUCACUAAUUCUGUUCAUUAAAUUUAUGGACAAAAUUUCUCGGUGCAGUCAGGGCGUUGAGGGGAUCCGGUUUGGUGGCUGCAAGAUUAGGUCACUGCUUUUUUUCUGGCUUAUCUGGCAAGGAUCUUCAGCUCUCAGUGGAUCAGUUUUCAGCUGAGUGUGAAGCAACUGGGAUGAAAAUCAGCGCUUCCAAGUCUGACUCCAUGUUUCUCGCCCGGAAAAGAGUGGAGUGCCAUCUCCAGGUUGGCGAGGAGAUCCUUCCACAAGUGGAGGAGUUCAAGCACCUCGGGGUUUUGUUCACGAGUAAGGGAAGAGUGGAUCGUGAGAACGACAGGCAGAUCGGUGCAGCGUCUGCAGUGAUGCGGACCCUGAAUCGGUGUGUCGUGGUGAAAGAGGAGCUAAACCGGGAGGCAAAGCUCUCAAUUUACCAAUCGAACUACGUCCCUAUUCUCACCUAUGGUCAUGAGCUUUGAGUUAUGACCAAAGGGAUCACAGGUACAAACACUUGAAAUGAGUUUCCUCCGUCGGGUGGCUGUACUCUCUCAUAGAGAUAGGGUGAGAAGCUCUGUCAUUCGGGAGGAGCUCAGAGUAAAGCAGCUGCUCCUCCACAUUGAGAGUAGCCAGAUGAGGUGGUGCGAGCAUCUGAUCAGAAUGCCCCCACGUCCGACCGGUAGGAGACCACGGGAAAAACCCAGGACACGGUGGAGAGACUGUGUCUCCUGGCUGGCCUCAGGAUCCCCUGGGAAGAGCUGGACUAAAUAGCUGGGUAGAGGGAAGUCUAGUCUUCUCUGCAUAGGCUGCUGCCCCCGUGACGUGGCUUCAGAUAAGCGGAAGAAGAUGGAUGGAUGGAUGGCACUUACUGUACAAUGUCUGCUGUCAUUAGGAUGCCGACUGAUAGAAUGUUGUUGUUGGGGGGUGUAACUCUCAUGACUGUCAUGACAGUGCUACUUCCUGUUUGCCUCACUAGUCUGGCCCCAAUGGGGGUUAUGACUGAAAGGACAAGACAAACAGAACCUGUCAAAGUGUACCAACUUGUUGGAUUACAUCUUCGUCCUUCUCCUAUCCAGGGCAGCGUGUGGAGCGACUGCUUGUACGGAUGCUGCUGCUACACGCUAUCUUGGCUGCAGAUCUCCAGGGAGCUGAAAAGAAGGGCUGCAGCUCAUGCCUCCUCCUCCUCAUCCUCCUCCUCUUCUUCUUCUGGAGCCAAAUACACUACACUCUCUCUCCUGCAGGGGUCGCACUUGGUCUGAAUCACAUGGACUCGCUGGACUUUGGGGCUUUCAAUAACUAGUGCUCUAAAAAGACACUGAAGUGAUUUUUACACAAAGUUAUGUGGUAAAGUAUCGGGCUGACAUCAGAUUUGCUGUCAAUAAAUGCCAAAAUUAAUUUCA